AUGGCCACCGCCAGGUACUCGACCAUCUUCAUGGUUCUGGUGGUGCUCCUAGCCUCGGCGGCUUUCCCGGCGGCAGCGAGCCAGCUGAACCUGUACACGGGGGUCAAUUGCUCCGGCAGCUUCACAGCGUGCUUUGACCGGAACUGCUGCACUGUCCCCUCCAAUGCCGUCAGCUACCGGUUCUACUACAACCCGAACUGGAGGGCCUUCUUCUACGGCGCCGUUAGGUGCGAGAGCAGCGCCAGCAACGUUCUCGCUGGCGACGUCGUCUGCGCCAAUGGGGUGAACUUUAGGAGCGCCUUGCUCACCGACGGCAGCUCUAUCGAGAUGGUGACCGAGGAGCAAGCUCCCGUCGACAAGGUGUAAGAGUAAAUAAAGCCUCCUGCCGGCGGCGCUGCCGGCCUUGGUCGGCAAUCGCCGGCGGCGGGUAUAGCGGUGGUUGUGCAUCUAUCGUGUGCAGUUCAGUCUCAUCACUUUCUCUAACCUGCUACGCCCGGGUGGGGAAAGAGAAAACGAUUAAGUGGGAAGGUUAUCUUCAUGUGCCUUAAAUGUUUCUUUCAAUAAAACUUGAUCAUAUUCUCUACCACAGAAGGAACGGACAGUUUCAAGUCCCGGCCUGAAGAUAGUUGUGUUAUAAAAACAAACAAAUUGAGCAUAAAACGUCUCUAUCCUCUUCGUGGUUAGUAAGGUUUUUAUCAAUUCUCUCUUGAUCAGCAGAGCUUAUGAAAUUAUUGCAGGAUGGACAUUGUUGCGGUUGUUGCUAAAAAGUCAUUAUUUGCGAAUAUUUCUGUCUAAAUUAAAUUUCUUGCAAGAAUUUCAAAAUGGAAGGUAUUACUGUUAG